AUGUCAAAUAGCAACGAAGCACAAAUUGUUUGGAAACAAGUUGAUGAUUAUUUCGAAGAUAUGCUGUGUCCAGUAGAUCCUAUUUUAAAACAUGCAGUUGAGGAGAGUGAAAAACAUGGUCUUCCUCCUCAUCAAGUUGCUCCCAAUCAAGGAAAAUUAUUGGAAAUCUUUUCACACAUGAUCCAAGCAAGAAAAAUUCUUGAAAUUGGGACGUUAGGAGCAUACAGUACCAUUCACUUGGCUAGAUCUGUCCAGGAGCGAAAUGGUAAAGUAAUUAGUUUGGAAUUCAAUCCGAAACAUGCCACUGUUGCCAGAGAAAAUGUUAAAUUUGCAAAUUUGCAAGAAAUUAUUGAAAUUCGUGAAGGAAAAGCUGCAGAAUUAAUGCAAGGAAUGAUUGACAAUAACGAAGGACCAUUCGAUUUAAUUUUCAUUGAUGCAGAUAAGCCAAGUAAUCCAAUUUAUUUGGAGCUUUCCCUUCAAUUAUCCAAAAGUGGAAGUAUUAUUAUUGGAGAUAAUGUUGUGAGAAAUGGCCAAGUUGUAAAUGAUGAAUCACAAGAUGCCAAUGUAAUUGGUGUUCGACAAUUUAUGAAAUUAAUGAAGGAAAAUCCAAAACUGAAAGCAUGCACAGCAUUACAAACAGUUGGCUGUAAAGGAUAUGAUGGAUUUAGUAUUGCAAUUGUAAAAUAG